AGUCUAUUGAAUUUAACCAUAAGAAGAUAAUUAUAUCGAAAAGCAAAACAAAUAUAGCUGACACUUAUAAAAUUAAAAAUUGUAACAAAAAUGAAACUAAAAACAAAUUAAAAAUACUUCUUAUUAAACCUCAUUUAUUUAUCAUAUUUCAUUGAUCUAGCUUUUUCAGAUUUGUUAUCUAGCCAAAGUUACCUACUUUAGGAGCUUGAUUAAGAUGUCUUAGAUCCAUCAUUAAAAUAAUUGUGGGAGAAUUCUAAGAUAAUACAAUGUGAAGACACUGAUUUUAUAGAAUUUGAUAAUAAAUAUAUUUUAUCUUCAACCUCUUAAAACGAAAAUUCUUAUCUUAAAAGAGAUUUUGAGAUACCAAUUCCUCAUUAUAAAAUAUCAUUAUCAUUUGAAAUUUUGCUUUUAAAUAGCAUGGAGAAAAACAACGCAAUAAAUAUUUAAUAUGAUGGCAUGCAGGGAGGGAUCAUUAUUUUUGAUCACGAAUAAGCGAGGCCAUAUUGCUUUAAAGGCUAAAAUUAAAUUCUUGAGUUUUACUAGAUGUCAUUUAUUCAUAAUACAUAAAAUUUGGUGUUGAAUCUAACAAGAUUAGCUCAACCAGGGUCAAAUGAUAUAGCACCCUAUGAUUUUGCAUUGAAGAAUAUAUUUAUUGAAGUACAUUAAUGCCACUAAUCAUGCUCUAAAUGCAGUGGGCCAAGUCAUAAUGAAUGCACAGCCUGUCCAGAAGGAGCAAGUUUGACUGAUAACACAUGUACUUGCUAAAACGGAAAGCUCUUCUUGAAUUAUAAAUGUGUAGAUCAAUGUAGUUAUAAAUACAUAUAAGAUCAUUCAAGCUAGAGCUGCAUUUAGAAUAAUUGUAAUAUCAGCUAAUGCUCUUAAUGUGACUCUGAUAAAUUUAAUUACUGUGAGUUAUGUUAAAGUGACUUUUUUAACUACGAAGGUUAAUGUAUUAAGAGAUGCCCAUUGUGGACAUUUUAAUAAGGGCAAAAAUGUAUCAUCAAAAUCAUAUAAACAUCUAAAAGUUCUAGCUUCCUCCUUCAAGGACUGUACAAUUAGUUUUUAUCUUAGGAUGAAGCUAAUAGCCUUUAAUUAUAAUACUCUGGUUUUUCUUCAACCUAAUAAAGCUAAGUUAGAUAUUGUGGUAAUUAAUUUUACGUUGGUGGUCCGCUUCCUUCUACAAAUUAAAUCUUUAUAAAAAAAUCUAUUUCGUUUAUACCUCCUCAUUACAUGCUAACUUUAAGUUUCAACUAUGUUUUGAUUGAUAUGGCUAUCAAUGAAGGAUUUAAGAUUCUUAUUGAUGGAAGAAUUGUAGCAUUUAUUUAUCAAUCUAGCGAAAACUUGUCAAAAAAUUAAAAUAUUUGUGGAGCAAGCUAGAUAGACACUAUUGACUCAUUUAGUUACACAUUUAAGCACAGUUUAUAGAAUAUAACAAUAGAAAUUUAUAUGCAAUUAACCUAGCCUUUCACCACAUAAUCAUUUGGCAUCAGAGAUAUUCUUAUGAUAUCUUAAAAUUGUAAUGACAAUUGUGAAGAGUGUAAUUAACAAGGGGUUUGCACAUAAUGCCAGCAAGAUUUUAUGUUUUAAGAAAGUGAUAACACAUGCAGAAAAAAUUCCUAAUGCUCCCCUGGCCACUAUAGUGACCUUACAUAAAAAAAAUGUUUGAAGUGUCAUUCACAAUGCAAAACUUGCUCAGGAUCAUAAAUUAAUUAGUGCAUGUCAUGUUAAAAUGGAAAAUAUUUAUCUGACUCUAAUUGCGUUGAGCAAUGCCCAGCUGGAAGCUUUUUGAAUAAAUAAAGAGAAUGCCAAAAUUGUAAUUCUACUUGUUAGACAUGUUCAGAUGAUAGAGUUUAUAGCUGCCUAACAUGCCCAUUAUAAUUAGUUUAUUAAGAAGGCUAUUGUCUAUAAGAAUGUAGUUCUGGAUAUUAUUUUUAAAUGAGUAAUAGAUCAUGUUAUAAGUGCUCUUCAUAGUGCAAAGAAUGUUUUGGACCUGAUUCUGAUCAAUGUAAAAGUUGUCAUGAAUAAAAAUACAUACUUGAUUCAUAAUGCGUAAAUAGUUGUCCUUAAAAUUAUUUUGUCUCUACUGCAAACAUAUGUGAAAAAUGUGAUGAAGGAUGUAGUAAGUGUGAUAAAAGUAGCAGUAAUUGCUAAGAGUGUAAAAGCGGUUAUUUAAUGCUUAAAAAUUAAUGCUUUUCUGAACCACCUGCUGGAUACUAUUUAGAUGGAAAUUAAUUUAAAGAAUGUUUUUAAGGGUGUGCAAAAUGCAUAAAUUCUAGUAAAGAUAGCUGCUUAUCUUGUAUGUAAAACUAUUUCACAUAUUAAGAUAAUACUUGUGUUGAUAAAUGUCCUGAGGGAUUUUUCCCUAACUAAAAUAAAUAAUGCUAGAUGUGCUCUGGCUAUUGCAAAACUUGCACUAGUUUUUACGAGUGCACAACCUGUAACUACGGUUUAUUUGAGCUGAAUGGAAAAUGUGUAAGCGAAUGUCCUUCUUAAAUAUAAUAUUUCCAAGACGAAAUAGAUUUAAAGUGCAUAAAGUGCAACUCAGAAUGUCCAUAAUAAGGCUGUAAAGGUCCAACUAUAGAAGACUGUAUAGACGAACAAAUUCAAAUUCAAGAUACAAUGGUUUCCAAAAUAAUAUUUAUCUAACUUUCUUUUUGGAUAGUUUGCUGUAUCGUUGGCUAUAUGUUGGAUAAAUUUUAAUCUAAAUCCUAUUUAAACAAAAACAGAAUUAAUUAAUAAGAAUAUGAAGAAGAAAACAAGAGAGAGGAUAAAAAAUAAAUGAGACUUCCUACGAAAGAGAAUUAAAUGAAAGAAAUUAAGCUAAAUUUCAAAAAAAAUUCAUCAAGUCUCCCAAAAAGCUACUAAAUAAUGUAGCAAGACUAAAACAUUAACAUUCAAAAAAUAGAAUUUCCUCAAGUAAAUAAAGAUUGUAAAGAGGACUUAUCCUUUACUAAUGACAAUAUAAGCGUAAACAGUAACUCUCCUACUAAAAUUGGUUCAUAGACAAGCUUUAACAAAAAUUCAAGUAUAGUAGGUUUAUUUAGUUCAGUAACCUAAUUUAUGGAAAAGGUAGCUUCAACUCCAGAAGGCUCUCCAAAAUCAGCGAAGCUUAAAGAAAAAGAAAAUAAUUAGAUAUAAAUGGACCUUUCUUAAGCUCUACAAAUUUAUUAAGUCAAUCAGAAAAAUAAUAAGCAGGAGAUUUUACCAACAUUUUCAGGAGAUGUUGAAUGCAUAACCAAAUUUGAGAACAAAUCUUUAUAAAAAAUGCAAGAUUCUGAUAACUCUGAAUUAUUAAAUGAAUAAUCUAAAUUUAAUUAAAAAUUAUACUUCACUCUGGCUGGUAAUGAAAUAGUGUCUUUUUUCGUAUUUUAUGAUCACAAAUAGAGCAGAAUAACAAAAAGCAGCUUAUUCUUCUUAAAAAAUAUAUUUUUAAUUAGCUUUCAAAUAUUUGCAUUGAUGGAAAAUUCAUUGUAACUAUCAUUCAUUUCAAUAUUGUUAGGAAUAACCUUGAAGGGAAUCAUUUCUAAAUCUCUUAUCUAUAUAAAAACAUAUUAGAUAGUUAAAAUAGCUGUAUCCUUACUCAUAACAAUUGCUGCAUUCUUUUUGCUUAUGACAUAAUUAGUUUAUCCUGAAUUAAAAGAAAUCAAAUACAGCUAUGAUAGAAAGUGGGCAUUAUACUAUCUUUUUGCACAAACAAUUGAUAUAGUAAUAAUUCAAUCAAUAAUUUCCUUCUUGAGCUAUUAUAUAACCAGAAAAAAUACAAUCAUGAUAAGACAAACAAAAUUAUUCUUAGCAAUGAAGUUCGUUUUUAGGAGAGAAUAAUAUGAACAAAAAUUUGAAUGA